AGAAAAGAAAAGAAAAAGAAAAAAGAAAGCAAAAUAUUCACUGUUUAUGAAUUAUUAUCCUAAAACUAAAAUAAACGUUGCCAAAGAAUAUAUUCUUAGAUAAAUUUUUAAUCAAAACCAAACCAAAUCAAACCAAAUCAAAUCAAAACCAAAUCAAAUCAAACCAAAUCAAUUCACAUUACUCCAAACCAAAUGGCUAAACCUAUCAAUAUUAAUUGUAAUUUCUUUAAUAAAUUCAAUCUUAUAACCUCAAUAUCUAAAAGAUCCUAUUCCUCCUCUCCUUUGGCUUUCAUUUCUAAAAAUACCUGCAACUAUUUCAACAGUAUCACCAAUAACAACAGUAGUAAUAAUAACAACAAUAAUAACAUCAGUACUAUUAAUCUCAAUCUUAAUAAUCUCAACACCUCAAAUUCGUACAAUUACGGCUCUCUUUCCAACAUAAUAAUAACCAAAAGAUCUUUUUCCUCUUAUAGCCCAUUUUUCUCAUCUUUUUCUUCUCCUGCUUCCUCCUCGUCUUCUUCCUCUUUUUUCUCUUCUAGCUCAAAUUCCUCAGGUUCUUCCACCUCUCCUCCUCCAAACCCACAAAACCCAUCCAAUUCUUUAAAUUAUAACAUCGUCGUAGCAUUUUCUCCAAAAGAUCGAGAGGAAAAUGGGUUUUUUGAAAACUCAAUUUCAAACACUUCAAACAAAUCUCCAACUGGUGAGGACAAUUAUUUUAUCUCAGAAAAAUUACUAAUCAACUCAAAUGGUUAUAAAAUUUCAAUUGGUGUAGCUGAUGGCGUCGGAGGUUGGGCUGAAAUGGGCUAUGAUUCUUCUGCAAUUAGCAGAGAAUUAUGCAACUCAAUCAAAUACAUCUUUGAAAAUUCUGAUAAUGACCAAUUAAUCGAUCUAAAUCCUAAAUUUUUAUUAAAUUUGGCUUUCAAUUAUAUAAAAAGCGAUAAAAAAGUCCAUUGUGGAGGCACAACUGCUUGCUUGGGUAUCUUAUCCUCAAAUGGUGAACUAAAAGUAGCAAACUUGGGUGAUUCUUGGAUGGGAGUGUUUAGAGAUUUCAAAUGUAUUCAUCAAACAAAAUUUCAAACCCAUCGUUUUAACACACCUUAUCAACUAUCAAUAAUCCCUCCUAAGCUAUUGGAACAAGCAAGAAGACAAAAUAAAAAGUAUUUAUUGGAUUCUCCCCUAGAUUCUCAAGAAUACAGUUUCAAAUUACAAAAAAAUGAUAUAAUAAUCUUUGCUACAGAUGGUAUUACCGAUAAUAUAUUGGUUCCUGAUAUCGAAAUUUAUCUAAAGGACCAGUAUAAUGAAAACAUCAAUGUUCCAUUACAACAAGUAGCAAACACUUUUGUUCAAAAUGUCAAAAAAUUGAGCUAUGAUGAGGAUUUCCCAAGUCCCUUUUCUCAAGAAUUAAGAGCAAUAACUGGCCAACCAUAUCUCGGAGGCAAACCUGAUGAUAUAACAACUGUCUUCAUAAAAGUUGAAUAGAGAUUGUUUUGAGGACGACAUUAAAACUUUAAACAUUACGCUAGUAUUUAUUAUUAAUCUUUUACUUUUUUUUUUUUUUUU